AGGGGCGCGCGUGGCCCUCGCGGCCCCGGCUGCGGGCUCGCGCCGCCGCCCGCCGGCAGUGCUCGCGCCGCCUUGCAGCCGGUUCCCUGCGCCGCAUUGCACCGCGCCAUGAGGGUGCAGCUGGAGCGCUGCUGCGGCGAGUGGCGGGAGCUGGAGGAGGAGUUCCGGCAGCUCCAGGAAACGCACAAAGUUUACAGGCAGAAACUGGAGGAAGUCACCAGCUUGCAGACGGCCUGCAGCAGCUCCAUACACCGGCAGAAGAAGACGUUAAGGGAUCUGAAGCACAGCCUGCAACGGUGCAAGCCCAGAGCUACUCCUGAAGAAUUUGCUCUCAUACAGCAGAUCAGCACCCAGAUCAAAGAGAGGCAAAAUGCCUUCUUUGACAUGGAAGCCUACUUGCCAAAGAAGAACGGUUUGUACUUAAAUCUUGUGCUGGGAAACGUGAAUGUAACCCUCCUGAGUAACCAAGCAAAGUUCGCCUACAAAGAUGAGUAUGAGAAGUUCAAACUUUAUCUCACAAUCAUCUUGUUACUCGGGGCUGUGGCCUGCAGGUUUAUUCUUCACUACAGGGUGACAGAUGAAGUGUUUAACUUUCUGUUAGUGUGGUAUUACUGCACGCUGACGAUACGGGAAAGCAUUCUUAUUAGCAAUGGAUCAAGGAUCAAAGGCUGGUGGGUGUCUCAUCACUAUGUCUCCACAUUCCUGUCUGGAGUAAUGUUAACGUGGCCAGAUGGACUCAUGUAUCAAAUGUUUCGCAGUCAAUUUUUAGCAUUUUCAAUAUUUCAGAGUUGUGUUCAGUUCCUACAAUAUUAUUAUCAAAGGGGCUGCCUUUAUAGACUCCGUGCUUUGGGGGAGAGAAACCACUUGGACCUUACUGUAGAAGGAUUUCAGUCCUGGAUGUGGCGGGGGCUGACGUUUCUCCUUCCAUUCUUGUUCUUUGGGCAUUUCUGGCAGCUAUAUAAUGCAAUCACACUUUUUGGAUUGUCAAGGCAUAAGGAGUGCAAAGAAUGGCAGGUUUGUGUGUUGGCUUUCACAUUUCUGCUGCUCUUCCUCGGGAACUUCCUCACUACUCUCAAAGUGGUGCACACGAAGUUGCAGAAGAACAAAGACAAAAUGAAGAAGCUGUGAACCUACCAGGGUGUGCUGGAUGCCAACAUGGGAACUCGGUGUCCCAGCGCCUGCAGCAGGCGCUCGGCGUUGGACAGCGCCUCCUGAACCUCUGCUAUGCUGUGAACGGACUUGGAAGGACUCGUCUGUCCCCAUGCUUGGUGAAAGAUGUGGACUCUUCCAGCACAGACUCAGUAUUAAGCAAGCAUGGCUCUCCAGUCUGCAGUCCUGCUAUUUAUGUAUAUUUAAUACAAAACGUGUUUGCAUUUGGUUUUUCUGUGUGUAUAUAUAGCAGCAUGCACCUGCCUGGCAAAAAGCCAGCAUUGGGAGAAUGUGGGAUUUACUGUAAUUCCAGUCCUGGAAUGAUAUUUAACACUUUCCAGUUUUAUUAUUUAACUCUGGGUAUUGAAUUUUUAAAGCUUUACGAACACUCCAGGUUGCUCAGUAAUACAGACUGAAUGCUGUUUUCAAAAGCAUUUGUUUAAAGCAUAUUUUCAGUGGCAAUACUAACCUAUGUGUACUGUGAAAAAAAGCCCAUCUUUGUACCAUACUGCUGCUAUAUACACUUUUAAAAAGCUAUUUAAAAAAGAGAAAUCCUCUUAAACAAGCAAGCAAAAACAGUUGUGAAAUGGCAGGAAAGUCGGCUAGCCCUCUUCCAGGGAGAUCAGGUAAUCUGCCCAAGCCUGGAAAACACCUAAAAAAAUAAACUGUAAUUUGCAGCUGCUUUAUCCCCUUUUUAAUAACCAACACGCUGCCCUUUGAGUUGUUCUUCUGAGACAGCGUUUUUUUUGAAAAUGGUCUUGAUCAGUGGCAGUAAGUGCAGUUGCACUUCAGUUCCCAUUUUCGAUACUUCUUUGCUCCCAGUGCCAUUCUGGAAAGGUGAAGAGAGGCUAAGCAGAAGUAUGAAAUGCUUCCUUUAAAUACUGUACUUGUACCAAGCGUUAAGAGAAUGUAAACACUUGUUUGGAAGGACAGCUGAGGAGAAAUACUGACUCCCAUCCCACUGAACUCCUUCUGCUUCUUGAACUUAGUUGAAUAAGCUUUUUUUGGGUGCUUUAACAUCUGCACCUCUGAAGCCCAGCUGCAGUAGUGUGAGCUGCUUUAUGCAGCCCGUUUCUCAGCUGUGCUGGCUUCCUGGGAGCUAGCACAAGGCCCAGACUGGGCAAAGGGCUUUGGCAGGGUGAUCUGAAAACUACGUCCUUCUCCCACUAAGUGUGCUCAUGAAGAAAUACAUAUGCACUAUAUACUUUAAAUGGUUUCAUUAGUUAUUUUGUUGCUGCAAGGCUAGCAAAAUUACCUUUACAGUGUCUGUCCUGUGGGCAUGAACAAUAAACUGCCGUUUGCAUAUUUUG